AUGACAAACUCAAUGAAAGCAAUGUUAGACUUCUUAUGGACGACUUGCUAUAGUGUGGCCUUUGGUUGGGACUCAACUCAUGGAGACUAUGAGAAGCGCCAGUUAGUACCGCUGCCCCGGAUAGGCAGGUCUUAUACUGAGGAGAAGCGUCAGGGGCUGAUCCCAUCGCCACGAGUGGGCCGAUCGUCGAUGUCUUCAUAUAAUGGUAUCGAAACCGAUUGCUCUCUGACUCCCGAGUUAUGUAAUGAACUCAUGGAUAGAGACCCGCAUGAAGUGCAUGAAGCCAUCCCUGUCCUAAGAAUAGGCCGAUUGUCGGGACGUAGGAAGAAGUCGUUCACAGAAGACUAUUCUAAUGAUAUGAAUGCCGACGACUUUGAGUUGACGAAGACGUUGCGCUCGAAUCCCUGGGAUUUCGACGUUAACCCCAACUUCUUUGAGCGAAACGUCCGCCAAUUGAUUCCGGCCCCGAGAGUCGGCAGAUCAGCCAAUACUCAUACCAAUGAAAUGCGAUUAAUUUCAGGUUAUAAUACCGUCGAUGACGACGAUGUCGACCCAAUCGACCUCCAAUUGAGGGCCGCAUUCAUACCACGGCUGGGGAAGCGUACGACACAUAAGUCUUUGGAUCAGUCCAUUGAUUCGGACGACAUCUACAAGAGGGCGGCCGCCUUCACCCCUCGCAUAGGAAGGGCUGCCUUCACCCCAAGAAUCGGCAAAAAGGCGUCGUUUGUGCCCAGAAUUGGCCGCUCAUCCGCUUAAUUAAGUAACUAUUUUGUCAGAAAUUGUAUUCAAUUGAGAAUA